UUGCAACAAUCAAUUAAUCCACCACCUAAGCAUCUCUCUUUCUCUCUCUCCUAUCAACCUCUAAAAAUGUGACUUGUUGAGAGGGACAAAAAGAGAGAGGGAGUGUGUAUGUUUGUACAAACAUUUUGCUAAUUCUACUCUCUCUUUCUCACCCCCCCCAAAAGAAAAAAAAUCCUUCAAAUUCGAUCGGUAUCCAUAUACUCCACGUUGUGUAAGUUGUCACACUUACUAAAUAAAAAUAUUUUAUAUAUUCACUCAUAAAUUUGUGAAUUUUUUUUUUCUUAAUUACUAGUAGUGGUAUAAUAUAGUUUCGAAAUAUUUGCCUUAAAUUUUUGGGAGGGUGUUUAAAACUUUGGUAUAUAUAUUUAUAUAUACAUAUAUUUUGCAUCAUCUUUGUAGUGGGGUAGUAUUUUUAGGCGUCCAAAUUGAUCGUUAAUUAGUUACUAUAUUUGGACUGUCUAGUUAUAUUUUAUUCUUAGUGUAUUCUUCUCGUAGUAUAUAAUAAGUUCAGUUAUUAGUCAUGCAAUUUAAGUAAUAUACACCAAAAACUUCUAAUUCUUGUUAGUUGAUUUUGAGUGUUACUAUUAUAGAUAAAGUUGCUUGAAAAGAUUUUAACAGAAAUGAGUAAGUCAGUUGGAAGGCUAAUUGGGUGGUGGAGAGUGCUGGUUGCUGCUUCUUUCUUUUUUCAUGGCCUUUCUUCUUCAGAUAAAGCUCCCAACUAUAGCUUUGUCCAUAAUGCAACAACGGCACCACCAACCUCCUAUUACGACUACAUAAUUGUCGGGGGUGGGACGGCCGGGUGUCCCUUAGCUGCAACGUUAUCCCAGAACGCAACCGUGUUACUCCUGGAGCGAGGGGGCUCACCGUAUGGAAACUCGAACAUAACCCUACUAUCCUCCUUUGGGUCCGCCCUCUCGGACCUCUCCCCAACUUCCCCGUCCCAACGAUUUAUAUCCGAGGACGGGGUCAUCAAUGCAAGGGCCCGUGUCCUAGGGGGCGGGUCCUGCCUCAAUGCCGGGUUCUACACCCGUGCAGGACCCGGCUAUGUACGAGACGUGGGGUGGGACUCACGUCUCGUAAACGAGUCAUACCACUGGGUCGAGGACGUGGUGGCGUUCGAACCCCCAAUGAGGGAAUGGCAAACAGCCGUUAGGGAUGGUCUACUACAAGCUGGAAUAGUCCCUAAUAAUGGGUUCACUUAUGAUCAUAUUAAUGGGACUAAAGUUGGUGGGUCCAUCUUUGAUAAAGAAGGAAAUAGGCAUACUGCUGCUAAUUUGUUGGGGUAUGCUAAUCCCCAAGGAAUUAAUGUGCUCUUACAUGCUACUGUCCACAAGAUCUUGUUCAAAACAAAAGGGGUGGCGAGGCCACAAGCCCACGGGGUGCGAUUCGUGGAUGCGCAAGGGGUACGACACACAGCCUACUUAAAGUCCGGGUCUAAAAGUGAAGUCAUAAUUUCAGCUGGAGCAUUAGGAAGUCCACAAUUGCUAAUGCUUAGUGGAGUUGGGCCAGCAGAUCAUCUUAAGUCCCACAAUAUUAGCCUAGUUUUGGAUCAGCCCAUGGUUGGGCAAGGUAUGAGAGACAAUCCAAUGAAUGCAAUUUACAUCCCUUCUCCUCUCCCUGUGGAGGUCUCCCUCAUCCAAGUCGUCGGCAUCACCCCCUUUGGUAGCUACAUUGAGGCUGCUAGCGGCGAGAACUUUGGUGGAAGCAACACUCACCCAAGAGACUUUGGUAUGCUCUCUCCAAAGAUUGGUCAACUAUCAAUAGUACCACCAAAGCAAAGAACCCCAGAGGCAUUAGCCGAGGCCAUAGAGCAAAUGUCUAACCUACCAGACAUAGCCUUCCAAGGCGGGUUCAUAAUCGAAAAAAUAAUGGGUCCUAUAUCAACAGGUCACCUCGAGCUUCAAAGUCUCAACCCAAACGACAACCCAUCAGUAACCUUCAACUACUUCCAGGAACCCGAGGACCUACAAAGGUGUGUGCAAGGGCUCCAAACCAUAGAAAAAGUGAUAGAAUCGCAACCAUUUUCUAAGUUCAAGUAUCAAGGUAUAUCAGUUCAUACACUCCUCAACAUGACAGCUAGUACCCCUGUAAACUUGCUGCCUCACCACGCCAACGUAUCAACCUCGCUCGAGCAGUUCUGCAAGGAUACAGUCAUGACUAUCUGGCAUUACCAUGGAGGUUGUCUAGUCGGAAGAGUAGUGGAUUCGGAUUAUAAGGUUAUUGGAAUCGAUUCAUUACGAGUCGUUGAUGGAUCCACCUUUUAUUACUCCCCUGGGACUAAUCCUCAGGCUACUGUUAUGAUGCUUGGAAGGUACAUGGGAGUUAGGAUAUUAAGAGACAGGUUAGAAAGCCAAUGAGCUAAACAAUCUUUAACAAAGAUCAAUGAUCAUGGAUGAUUAUUACCAGAUGAUGUAGUUUAAUUUGCUUUUAAAAAAUCCCAUUUUGUUGUUCUCAAAACAAAAUUUGAGAUCUUAAAUUGUUACUGUAAUAAUUGUAUCUCAUAUUCGAAAAGUAUUAUAUAUAUAUAUGCUACAAGAUUUGUAAUAUUCAGCAUUAUCAGCAACUUCCAACUUUGUUCAAUCUAAUGAGAAUACGGAGUAUCUAAUUUA